AGCCAAAAGCUUACUCCUUCCUUAAGACAAAAAGAAAAGCCUUCUCCUCUCCGUUUGUAUAAAUCUCCGCCCCGCCGUAGCUUCGCGCGCGGCUUCUCCACGGCAAGCUUGAGAGGGGGAUCGAGAUGGCGCGGCACUACUCGUGGGCCUCUGGCGCUCAUCCUCUGCUCCUCGCCUGCGCUCUCAUGGCGGCUCUCGCAGGAUCGAUCGUGCUCGCUGACGGCAUCAUCUUCCACGUGGCGAACAAGUGCCCGUUCCCGGUGUGGCCGGCGUCCGCGCCCAACACGGGUCACCCGGUCCUCGCCGACGGUGGCUUCUUCCUCCCGCCGGGGAAGACCAAGCGCGUCGCUGCGCCGGCCACCUGGAACGGCCGCUUCUGGGCCCGCACCGGAUGCAACUUCACCACGGGCGAUGGUGCCUACGGCAACGGCAAGCCCAAGGGCGCCGCGUGCCUCACCGGCGACUGCGAGGGCCGCCUCGCUUGCAACGGGUCCAUCGGCGCCCCUCCCGCCACCCUCAUUGAGGUGAACCUGCACGCGGACCAGAGCAAGGGGAGCUCCUACGACGUCAGCCUCGUGGACGGGUACAACCUCCCGGUGGCCGUGUCCACCAAACCCGCCAACGGCACGGACCACAAAUGCUCCAUCGCCGGCUGCGCCAAGGACGUGAACGCGGUCUGCCCGCUGGAGCUACAGGUGACCGCCACCGCCGGCGGCGGCGCGAAGACGAAGACGGUGGUGGCGUGCAAGAGUGCGUGCCUGGCGUUCGGGCUCGACGCCUUCUGCUGCCGCGGCGCGUACGCGACGCCGGCCGCGUGCCGGGGCAGCAUGUACUCGCGGCUGUUCAAGGACGCCUGCCCGGCGUACUACAGCUACGCGUACGACACCACCGCCGCCACGGCGAGCGGGUGCUACGCGCAGGAGUAUGUGAUAACUUUCUGCCCGUCCAGAUGGGGCGAGGAGCCCGAUCGUGUGGCCCAGAUUUGAUGUCAGAAUAAUCGUAUGUACUAUGAUAUUACAUAAAAAUUACUAUUUUUAUUUUUUUAAGAUAUUAUUUUAGCAUUCAGCACACAGAACAA